UAGAGAGAAUUUCUGCGGCCUUGCUGAGGGUGGGACGCGGUGGGCGGCCUUAGAGGCUCUCCCGUCGCGGUUUUAGCCCGCCCGGUGCUUGUUUUCCUCUCAGAACCGCUGUGAGAAAUGUCGCAGCGGAAGCGCAGCAAAGGGCUCGGCUGCUCUCAGACGACCGAUGGGGAGGAUGAUAUCAUCCCGACCCAGGUGGAGCGGCACUCCCAGGACCGGGUGAACCAGAAGGUGAGUGAGCUGGUGCAGUUCCUGCUUGUGAAGGACCAGAAGAAAAUUCCUAUCAAAAGGGCAGACAUGCUGAAGAAUGUAAUUCGAGAAUACAGGAAUGCCUACGCAGAAAUUGUCAGAAGGGCUGACAGGAUCCUGCAGGAGGUGUUCGGGCUGCAGCUGGUGGAGAUUGACACCAAACGUCACAUUUAUAUUCUUAUUAAUAACCUGCCUCACGCUGAGGGCCAACACCUGUGCAGGGGCAAGGAGAAGGAGGAGAUGGGGCUCCUCUUGGUCAUCCUCAGCUUCAUCUUCAUGAAGGGCAACUCAGUCAAAGACAGUGCUUUGUGGGAAUUCCUGCAUUUGCUCCGUGUGUACCCAGGGAAGCAGCACAGCGUGUUUGGGGACGUCAGGAAGCUGGUGACAGAGGAGUUUGUCAGGCAGAAGUACCUGGAGACCACCCCCAUCCCCCUGACGGACCCCCCAGAAUUCAAAUUCCAGUGGGGACCACGGGCAGAGAAAGAAACCUCCAAGAAGGACGUGCUGAACUUUGUGGCCAAGAUGCAGGGCAAGGACCCUGCAUUUUGGGCGAGCCAGUACAGCGAGGCCGAGGCCAACCAAGCCACCACCUGACCCCCCCCAAAAAAAAUAAAAUCACCCCCCCUGUUGGUGUGCAGCCCCCCCAAAAUGUCCAGA